UUCAUUGUACAGAGCGGACGCGAGAUUCAUAUUUGACUUGUAGCCGGCAUUUUACGCGCGUUCCGUAGUAUUUACAUCGUAAGCGACGCGCGCAACAGAGACGUAAACACGUAAACACAACGGCCAUACGACACGCUGGGCUCAAGGCCGCCCCGAAAAAAAGAAAACAAAGACAAAAACAAAAACAAGAACCAAAAAAAAAGGAAAAGAAAAACCUCAAUACGAAGAAAAUAACAAACAGAUAUCGCUAGGCGAAAUCGGUUAAUAUGUCAGGGCGCAGAAGUCAGACACAGAUGGCGCCACCGCCGCCGCCGCCCAAGCCCAAUAAGAGCCAAGCAAACGGCAACGGUGCCCUGCCGAAUGGCACCGCCAGCAACAACAACAACAGUUACAACAGCAACAAUAAAAGUGUCGCAGUCACAGCGGAGGGCCAAAAUGCGAGCAACUUGGCUCAGAACAGCAACGCUGCCCGGAGGAGUCAGACGCCGCCGCGCACAGAGCAGGUCGUGAUGACGCCACGUGGCAAGACUGCCAACAGCACCGUUAUACUCAUCGAACGGAAGCUCAUCGAUGAGAUCAACGAUCGUGUGCAUGUCGCUGGCGGCGAUCACACCGGCAUCAUCAUCAACAAGGACACCGUCGCCGGCCAAAAGAGCGCCAGCAAAGCGGCCGCCCUUUCCCUGGAGUUUCGCGUCUUCCUCGUCAGUGCGAACACGGGCAAACAUUCGCAGGAGUCGCGCACUCUGCGCUUCUGGUUCCGCGACUGGCUCACCAACGAUGAGAAGCAGGCCCACAUAGCCCAGGACUUUUUCAAGGAGCUCGUCAGUCCCCAGGACUUUCCCAGAGAUUAUGUUGGGUUUAUCAAGAAGAUAAUGAAGCUGUUGCAGCAUGGCUAUGCCGAGAUACAGUCCAUUGAGAUCGAGCUGCGCAUUUUGGAGGAGACAUCAGCGCCGCCCUCCCGUCCACCGCGAGAUGGCUACAUCAUCUACUGCUAUGGGGACUGCAAUCGGAAGUUUGAGGAGGCGCUUCUGGCGCAGAAGAAAACAGUUUCCUUAGACGAAUCCCAAUUUGAAUCUCUGCCGUUGACACAGGAGAAGGUCCUUGAACUGAUUGAGCAGGCCUAUCCCAAUCCCGUUUCGCCCGAAGAUUUAGCCAAGGACUAUGGGUGGAGCGAGCAGGAUGUGCUGUUGGUCAUACAAUCGCUGCAGGAGCGUAACCUGAUCAAGUUGAUGGAGUACAAUGCUUACACGCGCAUCCAUCACGAGGACAAGGAAAUCAAGGUGGUCAAACAGAUGCCGACGAUAGCCUCGAAUAAGCAGCCAACGAUAGCGAUUAUAACGGCACAGUAUUGCGAGAAAUUGGCCGUGGAUGCAAUGUUGGAGAACAAGGAGACUUUUGUCCGUUACACAACAGUCGAUUCCGAUCCCAAUCUAACGAACUCACUCAGAAAAUCCAAAAAGAAACGCAGAUUUGGCGAAUCGAAUGUUUAUACCUUGGGCAACAUUGGAGCACAUCGGAUAGUGAGCACCAAGCUGCCAUCGGUGGGCAGCACGCGGGAGGCAAUGACGGCGACAGGCAAUACGACAACCAGACUGCUGGGCACAUUCCAAAAGGUUGACUAUGUCUUCAUUGUGGGCGUGGCUGGCGGCGUUCCUCACUAUACGGACUACAAGAAGCAUGUGCGGCUCGGCGACGUUGUCAUCUCGUAUGUGGACAAGCAGCGUGCGCUUAUCAACAGCAAGGAGAAACCCUAUGUCUAUGUAUACAAGAGCGGCGAUGAUGUCAAAACAUAUUUCCCCGUCAACGAUUCGCUGCAGCAAAUCGCUGAGAGUCUGCAGGCAAACAUGGAGCUAAAGCGGCCAUGGGAGACGUAUUUGGGCGAUGCACAGCAAACGCUUGCCCAGAAGACGGACAGCGACUUUGGGCGGCCGGACGCCAAAACGGAUAAACUGUUUAUGAGCAUUGGCAACAACGAGGUCAUCGAGGUGGCCCAUCCGAUUGCCGCUGAUGAGAUUAAUGGCGUGACGCGACCCCGUCUCCAUCUGGGACCGAUUGGAUCUGGCCGGGACCUGGUGCGCAGCGACGAUCCUCGCACAAAGUUCGCCCGCAAAUUUGGACUGCUUGCCACCGAUGUGGAAAUGAGCAGCGUACUGGACAGCAUCAUUGGCAACUGUCGGGAGAGCUUCAUUCUUGUCAAGGGCAUAGCCGACUACAAGGACGGCAUGUCGACGCGCAAAUGGCAGAACUAUGCAUCACUCUCCGCCGCCGCGGUCGUCAAGUCCGUCAUCUGUGGCAUGGAUGCGCCGACAAAUGUUUAAUUCGUUUUCAACUCUCACUCAGCGCAUUUAGCUAUGAUUUUAACUUUUCAAAUAACGUCGUUUUUAUUUUUUAUAUCUAUAUAUAUAUACAUUUUUUUUUUUUAGUUUUGUUCGAAAAGCCUGCAAUGUAUUUAUAUCUUUUGUUCCCUGUGCGUUAUUAACCAAAAGGGGGCCCCGAUUAUUAUCUGGUAGGCCCCUCCAAGUAGACCAAAAUGUAUGCGUUGUCCUAAUACCUUAAACAUAUAUUACACACACACAUAUGCGAAAGUAAUAUGUAUU